GCCAGAGCAACACAAAGGAAAAUAUAGUUUUCAGUAAUAACUCUUCUUCAACAAUCCUUGGCUAGAAAUGGCUUUUCACUCAAAACGUUCUUUCCAAAGAGGAGAUCAAGUGGAAGUGUCUAGCAAUAUGGAAGGGUUUCUUGGCUCAUUUUGGCGAGCAACCAUAGUUGCAAAUAUGGGUACAAACUACGUGGUUGAGUACAAAGAUCUCGUGGAGGAACAUGAUGAAUCUACACUUCUGAGAGAGACUGUCAUGGCGAACCAGGUCCGGCCUCUGCCACCUAGAAUUGCAGCUUCUCGGUUUUCCGAUAAUAACAAGGUUGACGCGUUUGACAGGGACGGUUGGUGGGUCGGAAAGAUUUCUGGGAGGGAAGGGUCUGAUAAGUACUAUGUUUUCUUUGAAACCACCGGGGAAGAGAUUGCUUACCCGAUUUCGCAGUUGAGGUUUCAUCUAGACUGGCGCAAUGGCAAGUGGAUUUCUCACAAGAAUCCUUCCAAAAAGAGGCGCAAGAUGGAUGAUGAAUAAUGAAUUUUUACGAUGUCCCAAUACAACAACCCCCUAUUAUAUAUGUACCAAAGAUAUGACGCUUAAUUCAAUUUGAUUGAUGGCUUUGUUAUUUUUUUUUUUUAUUCGAAAUAGCUUUAUUCAUAAACUGAUUUAGGUAAUAGCAGCUCCAAAAAAAAACGAGGUUACCAUUGUGAGGGCAUGCACGUCCAGCCAAACCCUGCGCUGCUUUCCUCUUUUUUGAACAAGUAUUCUUUUAGGGGGAGUCUUCUUCAUUGGCGAGCUAGUAGGAAAGAACAAGGCGGCGAGGGAUGGCCAUAGGUGGUAAAAUCCGUCGUUGCACUGCCAUCAUGAAUAGUGAGUGCAGCGGCCAAUCUCGCUGUCAUGGCUACAAUGGCCAUAUCGCCUUGGAGGGGAGAUAAAGGAGAAAAAAGAAGAGAGGGCAGACGAGGCAGGGACUGGGGUGAGAUCGGAUGUGGAGACGUGAGUGGGGAGAAA